UCGUACAAGGGUUGUCCGUCAUUGGGUGCAGCGCUAUGUUUCGGCUCUACACGACGCUUGCUGUAUUUCUUUGUGUGCUUGGCACCGUUUGGGGAAGUCUACAGGACUGUCUGGAUGUGGUAGACACUAACUGUCCCCCUGAGGCCACAACUCAUGUUGACCAGUACUUCUGUGACGAUAAGGGCAGAGUCUACAAUGGCAGCUGUCAACUUCAGGAACAUUUCUGCAGACUCACAUUUUUCCACAACGAAUCGUUUCAUUUGACUAAGUUGGGACCGAACUGUGACCACCCACUGUACGUCGCUGCCGUUCCUCGACCCCUCACUUCAGAGGAGACCAACCUGUUUGCAUCAAUGGUCCAUGGUGUAGACGACCGGCUAAAGAGGACAGAAGCAGCAGGCACAACUGCCAACGUGUCGAAGCCAAUAUUCUCCAAACAGGACCACACACACAAAGUGUAUCAACGGAAUCCGCACUGCUGGGCGCAUGAUCUCGACUUGACCCCAAUAUCCCCAUGGAACAGCUAUGGGAAAACUCGCAAGGCGGGAACGCUGUUAUCCCCACGGCACGCGGUGUGGGCAAGGCAUUACAGCAUCCGCGUCAACAGCACGCUCCGAUUCGUGGACCGUCAUAACAAUGUGGUGGAUAGGCGGGUGAUAAAGACAAGGGCCCUAUACACCAACGCGUCGGCUCACCAGAGUUUCCUCUUUGGUCAUGAUAUGGUGAUAGGGCUCUUAGACAGUGAUGUACCAUCCACGAUCUCCUUCGCGAAAGUCCUGCCGAGGAACUUCACUGUACUAAUGCCUAGCAGGGAGAGGGUCCGACUGCCCGUCUUCAGCACUGAUUUCGAAGAGAAGGCAUUGGUUGCAGAUUUCAGCAAUAUGAGGGGAACAAUGGCGUCCCUGAUAGAACCCAUCACUACUUCAACAAGACACAAGUACUAUGAGCGAAAGAUCUCCGGCGACAGUGGGAAUCCGUCCUUCUUCAUCAUAGACGACCAGCUUGUGUUUCUGUUCGUAUUUACAUUCGGAGGGUCCGGAUCAGGCACUUCAGUGCAGCAUAACUUUAAUGAAAUCAACUCCAUCAUGGAACACCUCGGUGGAGGCUACCAGCUUACAGAAGUCGAUCUGUCUCGCUUCGUGUCUGCCGCUCACGUCAAUGCUUUAUUUGGUGACCAUAUAUUUGGAUAGGGUUGUUCUGUAAU